AUGGUGACCUUGUCUGCCGGAGAAGAUGCAGGGGACAGAGCUAUUGAGCGCAGGAAGAAACAGCCGUGUGCGCGUCGCUCCCCUCCACGGCCAAAUCGACGAAAAAAUCCCCCACGCCGCCAUCGCUCCCCAGCCGCCGUCGUCGAUCCACCACCGUCGCUGCCCCCUGCCGCCGUCGAUCCACCGCAGACCUCCGCCGCCGUGCCACUAGCAGGAGGAAGGAGGCCGCCGUCGCAGAAGCUCGUCCCGUCGCCCUCCGUUGACCCCGAGGAUCCCUUCACGGUGGCGCAGUACGAGGAGUUGGAGCACCAGGCGCUCAUCUACAAGUACCUCGUCGCAGGCGUGCCCGUCCCGCCGGAUCUCCUCCUCCCCAUCCGCUGGGGCUUCGACUCCCUCGCCGCGCGCUUCUACCACCACCCCGCCCGUACGUACCCCCUCCAUUGCUCCUACUACUACGCAUCUGCUCGUGUGUUUGUUGCCCAGAUAUGUCUCUGCGGGUACAAAAAGCAACUUUGA